UGUUAAAAAAAGCCUGAUUGGAAAGAAAAAAACUGUUAAGACCGUCGAACCUUCUAAAUUCUUAUUAACCUAAUUGUAACUCUAAUAUGCGUUCAAGGAAGUAUAUAAAUCCCAACCACAAUUGACAAACGACAAUACCAAAAUCUGAACUCUAACGAGCAGUGGAUAAUGGCUUCUUCGUCUUCCUUUCUUGUUGCUGUUUUCGUGGCAGUUUUUUUACAGUUUCUCUUUGUCUCUGCUUCAACAAAACCUAUCGACGCCAUAUGCCAACAAGUCACUGACAAACGCUUCUGCAUCAAAACUUUGACUGCUUAUCCUCCGGCGGCUUCGGCCACCACCACGCUCCAAGCGGUGGGGGCGGCUAUCAACAUUGCCAAGUCCUAUGCCGAGAAGUGUAGAAAAUUCACCGAGAAAACUGCAAAAGAGAACCCUAAACUGAAGGACCAAUUCAUGGAUUGUCAAGAUGCCUUCCUUGAUAUUAUAUCGUCUCUCAAGAGUGCUGCCGGGGAGCUUAAAGUAUCGCCGGACACUGCAAACUAUGAUGUCAUGGUUUGUACAGACCAAACUACCAUAGUGAAGAAUUCGAUCGGAAAAAAUAGAGAUGUGGCUUCAAAUACUAUCAUGAAGAUGACACUUAUGAUGAAUAAGCUUAUUGCUAUUGCUGCUGGAGCCACUGAUGCUCUUUCCCCAUAGGGACCACACCGGUUUGUAGGCCUAACUAGCAACUACAAAUUGAUUGAACUGGCUAAAUUUAGUCGAUCGUAUAAGCAUAACAGUAUGUGGAAUAACUAAAAAAAAGUUGGUUUACGUCAUAUACCAAUCAUGUGUAUACGGUAUGCCGGUUUAAAUCAUCAAUUGUCUAACCGAGUCUAUACUAUUAUUUGCGAAGU